GGUACUGUCACAUUUUGAGUAUUUCUACGAGGUCCAGUGUGAAGAGGAGCAUCAUUUCUGAAAUAACACUUCUUAGGUCUUGAUAGCCUUAUAUUUUAGUGCAUUUUCCCACUAAGUCAGUCGAAACGAUGGCCCACUACGAAGAGGUGACUGUGCGCGGCUAUGAUGAAUUCUCUCAAGCUAUAUCUGAGAGAAAAGGAAAGGAUAUUUUUGCUUAUUUCUCUGGUAAUAAAGACGCCCAAGGCAAGAGCUGGUGUCCAGACUGUGUGACAGCGGAGCCAGUUGUCAGAGGAGAGAUGACCCAUCUUCCUGAAGGCUCUGUCUUCAUCUACUGUCAAGUUGGAGAAAGGGCUUAUUGGAAGGAUUCAAAUAAUCAAUUCAAGAAGACACUAAAGUUGAGUGGAGUUCCGACUCUGCUGCGAUAUGGCACACCUCAGAAGUUGGUGGAAGAUGAAUGCUUCAAGUCCGACCUGGUGAGGAUGAUGUUCACUGAGGACUGAGGGAUCCUGUGCCUGUCAGGCAUCAUUUGUUCAACGUUGAACAGUUCACUUUACCACCAUUCAAUUCCAGCACCAUCACAAAGUAUAGCUCCUUCUGUCAUGUGACGCUAAUCAGCAACUGUGUAAGUUCACAACCAACCAAUAAAUGAUGAGCAUCCUAACGCUCAUCUCCUCAAUUAAUUGUAUACUGUAACAUCUGCAUAGACAGACAUGUGUAAUGCAUGUUACUUGUACUUAUGGUUCUCAUGCUGCUUUAUGUGCAAUCACUCAAUCCUGAUUUAAAAAUGUAGCUUGAUACAUUAAUGCAAAUGAUGUUUAUCGCACUAGUUGAUCAUUACAAAUAAAUUUGUCUGUACUGUGACCAUUUAUAUGUGAUUAUUUUGUGUGGCCUUGCAUUAGGUAUCAAAUAAAGUAUGACUUGAAGUUUAACAUUCA